AUGUCUCUUCUUCUGUGGUGGUCCCUGUACUGCCCCGUCUCAAUUUCCCCUCUGACAGAAGCCACCUCUACCCAGCCUGCCUGCUCCCCGCAGGGGGCCUUUGAGCUGCCUGGGUUCUCAGCCCAGGGUGACUUCAUGAUGGGGGGGAUCUUUCCCCUUCACUACCGGGUGGAGCUGCCUGGGACGGACUACACCCACCAGCCCCUGGCAGCACAGUGUGAAGGGUUUGACCCGAGGGCGUUCCGCUGGGCUCAGACCAUGAGGCUGGCAGUGGAGGAGAUCAACCAGAAUGAGCAGCUGCUGCCCAACCACACGCUGGGCUAUAAGAUCUUUGACUCGUGUGCCACGCCAGUCACGGCUCUGAGAGCAGUCCUGGCGGUGCUGAACGGACAGGGUGAAGAACAGAGCCCUAUGUGUUCCGGUGCCAGCCCGUUAAUAGCCAUGGUAGGGGAGUCUGGCUCCUCACAGUCCAUCGUUUUGUCCAGAACUCUGCAGCCCUUCAGAAUCCCCAUGAUCAGCUAUUUCUCCACCUGCUCAUGCCUGAGCAACAGGAAAGAAUACCCAACGUUUUUCAGAGUGGUUCCAAAUGACGACUACCAGGUGAAGGCCAUCGCCAGGCUCCUCCAGCGUUUCGGCUGGAAGUGGAUCGGUGUGGUCCGGGAGGAUCACGACUACGGCCACUUCGCCCUGCAGGGCCUGAAGAGGGAGAUCCAGAACACAGAUGUGUGUCUGGCCUAUGAUGAGAUGAUCCCUAAAGACUACAGCAGAGAGAGGGUCCUGCAGAUCCUGGAGGUGAUGAGGCGCUCCACAGCGCGUGUGGUGAUAGUCUUCUCUGGGGAGGGAGAGUUAUACCCUUUCCUCAAGGAGUUUGUCAAGCAGAACAUCACUGGUACCCAGUGGGUGGCCAGCGAGGCCUGGGUCACUGCCAAUGUGCUGGCAGAGACUUAUCCAUUCCUGGAUGGGACUAUUGGCUUCGCCAUCCGCUCAGGGAAAGUCCCAGGGCUCAGGGACUACCUGCAGACGGUGAACCCCGGGAGCCCCCUGCUGCCCCCCUGCUCAGGGCAGGAGACUCUCCUGAAGCAACACUCAGCCUACAUGAACACGUCCAGCCCCAGAGUGGCCUAUAACGUGUACAAGGCUGUGUACGCCAUCGCCCACUCCCUGAACAACCUCCUCCACUGCCAGCCAAGGGCAGGACCCUUCAACAACCACACCUGCGCUCACAGCAACAACGUACACCCCUGGCAGCUCCAGCAAUAUCUCCAGGACGUGUCCUUCACUGUAUCAGGAGAAAAUAUUAACUUUGACCAGAAAGGGGACGCCAUCCCGUCCUAUGACCUCAUCAACUGGCAGAGGGAGCCAAACGGAGGUCCCCGCUUUGUCACAGUGGGGCUGUACGAUGGCGCAAAGGAUUCUGGGAAGGAGCUGGCAAUCCAGGAAGAGAAGAUAGUGGUGGUCUCCGUGUGCAGCGCCAGCUGUGCUCCAGGAUCCAGGAAGGCUGUCCGUCGUGGGGAGCCUCUGUGCUGCUUUGACUGUGUACCAUGUGACAGCGGCAAGAUUAGUAAUCAGACAGAUUCUAUAGACUGCACAGAAUGUCCCGAGGACUACUGGUCAAACGCUGAUGGAACAUUUUGCAUCCCCAAAGUGGUGGAGUUCCUUUCCCAUGAUACAAUGGGGAUAGCCCUGACGGUGAUCGCUGUAGUGGGCGCCUGUCUGACCGUGUCCGUCCUGGCGGUCUUCCUCCAUCACAGGACCACUCCCAUUGUCCGCGUCAACAACUCUGAGCUGAGUUUCUCUAUCCUUUUCUCCCUGACUCUGUGCUUCCUGUGUGCGCUGAUGUUCAUCGGGGAGCCCACCUCCUGGUCCUGCAUGCUGCGCCACACCACCUUCAGCAUCACCUUCUCCCUCUGCAUCUCCUGCAUCCUGGGCAAAACUCUGGUGGUCCUGGCUGUCUUCACUUCCACCAGGCCUGGGAACAACAUCAUGAAGUGGCUGGGGCCCAAACAGCAGAGGGUCAUCAUCUUCUGUUGCACCCUGGUUCAGGUGCUGAUCUGUGCUGCCUGGCUCAUCGCUGCCCCUCCCUACCCAUCCAGAAACACCCAGGACCAACGCUCUAAGAUUAUUCUGGAGUGCAGUGUGGGCUCUCAACUGGCCUACUGGUGUGUUCUGGGAUACAUCGGCCUCUUGGCCUGUCUGUGCUUCAUCCUGGCAUUUCUUGCCCGGAAACUGCCGGGCAACUUCAACGAGGCCAAGUUCAUCACCUUCAGCAUGCUGAUCUUCUGUGCCGUGUGGAUCUCCUUCAUCCCAGCCUACGUCAGCUCUCCUGGGAAGUACACAGUAGCUGUAGAGAUCUUUGCCAUCCUGGCCUCCAGCUUUGGGCUGCUGUUCUGUCUGUUUGCUCCAAAGUGUUUCAUCAUCCUCCUGAAGCCAGAGAAGAACACUAAACAACAUAUCAUGGGGAAGAAAUAAAAACGUAUAGAUCACUGAGGACACCUUUAAUUGUUAGAGUUUUAAGUUGACUUACCUACCGUAAACCCAUAAAUGAAAUAGAUGUUUAUAGUGUCUUCGGGACAUCUUUUGUGGAAUGUGGUAAGCUAGAAAUUAUGAUUUAUUACUGUACCAUUUUCCUGAUCAAAGAUAUAGCUCACCCAAAUUAGCUAAUUUUAUGGUUACUGUAUCUAGAGAGAGUCAUGCUAUGUUUUUGUUUUAACAAUUAUUAU